UCAAUAUGGAAACCAAUAAACUUGUGAAAAGUAGAGAUGGCAAUUACUUCUCUUGUGACAGGUUUCGUCAAAUACAUGAACGACUUGUGGAAGAGCGCCAGUCUAAACUGUAUUGGAAGACAACGGAAUAUUCCCAGCUGUAUGGUCUCUUAUUGAGAGGAAGCAAACCUUCCAACAAAGUAAAACAUUCUCUGUUCCAUUCCAAAGAUUUCAUUGCGGGUAGAAUAGUUCCUCAUAUAUCACUUAUACCAAGCGACGUUGAAGAAGAAGUUCCGUUGUAUGGUUUGUUGAGGUGUUGGGUAUAUGGUUCUAGCGUUGAUGACCUUUAUGCUGACAAUCAUAAUACAAAAGUAGCUGAAUUACAGUUGCCAUCAAAGGAAGAUAUCCAGGUCAGUAGUGAGGAGAGUUUUGCUUUCAGUCCUCGGCCAACGAAGAAAGACCAUAGUAUAACGUUGGAGAGGAGUGGUGCUUAUACCGCAAAGCAAUUGUUGGAGGAACAUUUGACACAUUGGAAGAGAUGUCGGAAGAUUCUUGUUCAAGAGAUUCGUACAAAACGGUCACGAGUAACCUAUUCUUUAAGAGGACGAGAGUUGCUUGAAAGAAUAUUAAGUACGCAGAGGGAUAAAAAAGGAUAUACAACCGAUAACCAAGUAAUGUAACUUGUCUCUUUGAACAACUUUUGGUUCGAAAGACCAUGCUAUUUGAUUUUGUAUAUUUUUUAUGGAAGCAAUAUACGAAUCAUUUAUACAAGUUUAUAGUAAAUUUAAUUCUUUUAAUCAUUUUUGAUGAAUUGUUUGAUAUAAAGCUUUAUAAAUAUGG